AUGGUUACAAAUUUAAAUCGAUCCGAUGAUUAUCAAGGAUUUUGUGGAUUGGACUCUUGGGGACCUUGGAAAAAUUACGAUUUUACAAACUGUUUCCGAGAAGCUGUUAUUGAUGCGGGAAUACCGUUAAUGUACAUUAUUGGUUCAAAAUGUAUCCUUAUACUAGCUUAUGUUAAAUAUAAACGUCAAAAAAGUUCGCUUUACGAACCUUUGAUUUCUGGGCAAACAAACUCAUCUUAUGGUUCUAUUGGAUCGAUUGAUUCAGAAGAGACAAAUAUUGUAAAUGAUGCCGAUUCGGAAUCAACACUUUUAACAAAUGAAUAUCCAAAAAAUAAAAUUUUCGACUGGAACCGAUUAUUAUUUGGAGUGUCAAUGUUUACGUUAUUUUGUUUCAUUGGGAUUUCUCGGUGGCGUGAAUAUGAUGAAGACAAACGAGGGAUUUACUGGAUAACUUCUCCAAUUAUUGAAGGAUUGGUUUGGAUGUAUGCAUCUUUGCUAGCCUAUAUAAAUCUCACAUCUCAGUAUCGUAAUCAAUUAAAUUUACGCAAACAUUUAGACAUUCUUUAUUUUAUCACUUUCGUUUCGUCAAUCAUCAAUAUUCAUUCAUUUUAUUUGCAAUAUACAACAAUCACCACCGAUUAUACUUUUGGAAUUUGGACAUUAGCCAUUUCUUUUAUAUUGGUUAUGAUUUCUAUAAUGGAACCAGAAGAUGAUCCUGAAGGAUUGUUAUUAAAGCCUAAUUCAGAGGGUCGAUAUUUAUCGCCCGAAGUAAAAUGUUCUUUAUAUGACCAAUUUAUGUUUUCAUGGAUAAAUCCUUUAUUAAAAAAAGGAUUUCGAAAAACCUUAAAUGAAAAUGAUAUAUAUGAGAUGCCCAAUUUCGAGCGAGCACCAAAUGUUUUAAAAGAUUUUCGUCUCCAUAGAAAACAAUCUUUCCUUAGAUCUAUGUUAUAUACCUUCAGAAAAGAGCUUUGUGUUCAAUUCUUUUAUUCCAUUAGUUGGUCGGUUCUUACCACAUUUGCGCCUCCAUAUUUUCUACGUAAAAUCUUGCUCUUUGUACAAAAUUACCCUAAUAAUGGAGACGAGACACAAGUUACGGCUUAUCUUUAUGUUAUAGGAUUAUUUCUUGGUUCUGUAGUACCAAGUUUAUGUUUUCAACAAGCGUUAUUUAUUGGUCGCCAAUUAGGAAUUAAAACCCAGGCAAUAAUCAUUGGUGAAGUGUAUUCAAAGUCGCUAUCCAGGAAAGAUACAACCGGAGUGAUAGAUGAUGAAGAAACGAAGGAUAAAACUGGAAAAAUUACCAAUUUAAUGGCCGUUGAUGCGACUAAAGUAUCGGAAGUUAUGGCUUAUCUAUUUUAUAUAUAUUGUUUUCCUUUGCAGAUUAUCAUAUCUAUCUUAUUAUUAUAUUUACUACUUGGAGCCAGCGCCCUUAUGGGCGUAUUGACUAUUAUUGUUACUUAUCCACUCCCUGCCUUAAUAAAUCAACGUUUCGAAGCUAUUCAAAAGCGUCUGAUGAAAGCAACAGAUAAACGCAUGGGUCUGAUGAAUGAGUUACUUCAAGCAAUUAGAAUAAUCAAAUUUUUUGCUUGGGAAGAUCAAUUCUACAAAAAGAUUAUUGAUGCGCGUGAAAAUGAACUUAAAGAAAUUAAAUCACGUUUGAUGCAAUGGGUUUAUAUGGGAAAUGUUUGGAUGUGUCUGCCACUCUUAAUUAUGCUUUCUGUUUUUUGGACUUAUACAAAAUUGUUUGGUAAUGAGUUAACGGCAACAGUAGCGUUCACAGCUCUUGCCCUCUUUAACAACCUUCGUCAUGCUCUUGACGAAGGACCUUCAACUAUUGUUGCCAUUAUUCAAGCUCGCGUUUCCAUAGACCGUGUUGAAAAAUUCCUUAUUGAACCUGAACUUAAGCGUGGGAAUACUGAACCAAAUAGUAAUGAUCCUAAAAUCGGAUUCAAAGGUGCAUCAUUUCAAUGGUAUGAUGGUACUGCUUCUGCUUCAACCAACGGCUCUAGUGUUAAUAGCAACCAGAAUUCCGUUAAUAAAUUUACUUUGUUUGAUAUGAAUAUCGAAUUUCCCGUUGGUGAGCUUUCGAUAAUUUGUGGACCUACUGGAAGUGGAAAAACAAGUUUAUUGAUGGCUUUAUUAGGAGAACUGGAAUGCAUAAGUGGUCAAGUAUUUUUGCCCAGAGUAGUUUCAUCCAAGAAUCUUGGAGGUGCCCCUAGUGGAAUAGCUUAUGUGGCACAAACAGCAUGGCUUCAAAAUGCUACAAUUAAGGACAACAUUCUAUUUGGUCUUCCUUUUGAUGAGGAUCGUUAUAAUAAAGUAUUGAAUAUGUGUGCGCUAAAUAAGGAUUUAGAGAUACUUGAAUUUGGAGAUAAAACUGAAAUAGGGGAGAAAGGAAUUACUCUAUCAGGUGGGCAGAAACAGCGCAUUGCAUUAGCUAGAGCUGUUUAUUCUCAAGCAAAAAUUAUCAUCAUGGAUGAUUGUUUAUCAGCCGUUGAUGCGCAUACGGCAAAACAUUUAUAUGAAAAUUGUUUAUUGGGAGAUCUUAUGGAAAAUCGAACGCGUAUUUUAGUCACACACCAUGUAGGACUUUGCCUUCGUGGUUCCUCCAAAGUAGUUGUGAUGAAAAAUGGUUACAUUAUUGGUCAAGGGACACCGAGUGAAGUAUUAUCUAAAGGAAUAUUGGAAGAAAUUGUUUUGGAAGAAAAGGAGGAACAACAAGAUACAGAUGUUGCUGAAGAGUUCAAGCCUUUUAAGCCCCAGAAAACGCUUGGAGAAGGUGAUGGUAAAUUAAUGACUGAAGAAAAUAAAGCCGAGGGUGUUGUCGAUUGGAAAAUAUACAAGCUUUACUUUAAAGCCUCGGGUGGAUUCUUAUUUUGGUCAUUUUUGAUAUUUAUGUUUGUCGCUACACAAACAUUACAAGUUGGACAGGAUUGGUGGAUUAGAGAAUGGACUAAUGCUUAUAGUGUUGUUCACGAUCAAAUUUAUAAUUCUGCUUCUGCAUUAUCUUCUAUAAUUACCUCUUGGUCUUUUACAUUUACAAGUCAAAAUAUCUAUAAUAUUCUACCUAUUUACUCGUCACCAAAUAUUUCUCUGUAUUCAACUGAUAGUGCAUUCUCACCAACUAUAAAUUUUGAACAAGGAAAAAAUGAUGUUAAUGUAGAUUAUUAUCUUGGUAUAUAUAUUCUUAUAGGAUUGUUAACAACGUUAUUGGGUUCUUUAAGAACUUAUUGGAUGUUUCUGGGUUCAUUGAUUGCUUCAAGGAAAUUACACUCUGCAAUUUUGGAUCAGGUGUUAAAAGCAAAAUUAAGAUUUUUUGAUACAACACCAAUUGGACGCAUAUUGAAUCGAUUUUCCAAAGAUAUGGAAGUAAUUGAUCAAACUUUGUCACCUAUGGCAAUGUUCCUCAUUUAUUCUUGUGUAGCAACUGCUUCAGUCAUAUUUGCUAUUUCUACGGUGAUGCCUCAAUUCUUGAUAGCCGGUUUUUUCAUUACCGCCUUGUAUGUAUUUAUUGGAGCUUAUUAUAUUGCAACAUCAAGAGACCUUAAACGUAUUGAAUCAGUUACACGAUCCCCUAUAUAUGCAUCAUUUGGAGAGACGAUUGUUGGUGUCUCAACCAUAAGAGCGUUUGGCGCAGAAAAUAAAUUAAUGAAAAAAAUGUUUUCCCUUGUGGAUGGAAAUAAUCGACCAUUCAUAUAUAAUUGGGCAUGUAAUCGAUGGCUUCACACACGUGUCGACCUUGCGGGAGGAUUAGUAAGUUUUGCUACUGGAAUUAUUAUUGUAUUUCAAAUAUCUAAAGGGAUGGAUCCGGGACUAGCGGGUUUUGCGCUUGCUUAUGCAUUAAAUUUUACUGGCCACAUAAUCUGGGUACUGAGAAUGUAUGCUAUGCAAGAGAUGAAUAUGAAUUCUGUUUAUGAAUAUAUGAAAUUGGAGGAAGAACCCUCGAGAAUAAUUGAAGGUUAUAGGCCACCUCCCGAAUGGCCUUUUCGAGGGGAAAUUAAAGUGAAUAAUCUUAUAAUGCAAUAUGCACGCGAUAAUCCACCAGUGUUGAAAGAUGUGUCAUUUCAAAUCAAACCAUCAGAGAAAAUCGGAAUAGUUGGAAGGACAGGAUCUGGCAAAUCAACAUUGGCCGUAUCAUUUUUUAGAUUUAUGGAACCUACAUCUGGACAAAUUGUCAUUGACGGGGUUGAUAUUUUAACGAUUGGUCUUUUUGAUUUAAGAAGUAGAUUGACUAUAAUUCCUCAAGAUCCAGUAUUAUUUAGUGGUACCUUAAGGAGUAAUCUUGAUCCUUUCGGUGAGCACAAUGAUGUUGAUUUAUGGAAUGCUAUUAGAAGAGCACAUUUAAUUGACGAGGAUAAAUCACCAUCAUCACAAUCGACUUCUAGAACGGUAACACCGGAGAUUGUAAUCAUUAUGGAUGAAGCGACGGCUAGUGUAGAUUUUAAAACCGAUAAAAUGAUUCAAGAAACCAUUAGAACAGAAUUUAAAGAUUCUACUUUAUUAUGUAUUGCUCAUCGAUUAAGAACUGUUGUUGACUAUGAUAAGAUUUUGGUUUUAGAUGAUGGAAGAAUUGUUGAAUUCGACCAUCCUUAUUCAUUAAUACAAGAUCCCAAUUCAUUUUUUAGAUCUAUGUGUGAAAGAAGUGGAGAAUUUACCGAAUUAAUUGAAAUUGCUAAAGCAAAAUAUAAUUCGGAUCGUGUUUAA